UAAGAUGGCGGCCUUGGCGACCGGCGGGGCGACGCCGAGUGACGGGGCUACCAGUUUCCAGCGGAAAGUUCCUGCUAGCAGCCGCCUGGCCGCAAUCGCGGGCACCAGGCCCUCGGUGCGCCACGGGCAGCUGUUGCUCUCCAGUGGGCUCCCCUCCCUGGAUUGUGUGCUAGGUGGAGGUUUAGCUGUUGGAACCCUUCUUCUUAUUGAGGAAGAUAAAUACGGUAUUUACUCCAACUUGUUGUUCAAGUAUUUCCUCGCAGAGGGAAUAGUCUGUGGACAUAAUUUGUUUGUUGCUUCUGCUAAAGAGGAUCCUGCUGACAUUUUAAAGGAGCUUCCAGCACCUUUGUUUGAUGAUGUCCACAAAAACCAAGUGGAUGAGAAAGAAACAGCUAUUAAGUCUAAACAGGAAUCUCAGGAAUCCAUGAAAAUAGCCUGGCGUUACCAAAAUUUACCAAAAAUGGAGGUCAGUCCAGCAGCUUCUGCACGAUUUGGUCACUAUUAUGAUGUAUCUAAAACGGUGUCUCCAGAACUACUUAAAUCUAUAAAGUGGCACCGGUUUUUCCUUCCUGAAGAAAUGUCUUUGCACCCUGAAAUAAAAACUUGUAAUAUGACCUGUGGUUACACCAGGCUGCUUCAAUCUAUCCAGAGGAUCAUAUACCAGGAAGGAUUUGAUGGAUCCUAUCCCCAGAAAAAACAAAAAAAUAUUCUGCGGAUAGGAAUUCAGAGCCUUGGUUCAGUGUUGUGGGGAGAUGACAUUUGUUGCACUGAUAAUCCAGAAGAUAUUUUUAGCCUCACAAAGUUUCUGUAUGUUCUCCGUGGUCUCCUCAGAAUGUCGUUGUCAGCCUGCAUAAUCACAGUGCCAGCCCAUCUUAUCCAGAAUAAAGCAAUUAUGGAACGUGUAACAAACUUGUCAGAUACGGUAGUUGGUCUUGAAUCAUUUAUCGGCUCUGAGAGAGAAACCAAUCCAUUAUACAAGGAUUACCAGGGUUUGAUUCAUGUGCACCAGAUUCCUCGGCUUAAUAGCUUGAUCUGUGAUGUGUCAGGCACGAAGGACCUUGCUUUUAGAUUAAAAAGGAAGCAGUUCACCAUUGAGCGACUGCAUUUGCCUCCAGACUUGUCAGACACAGUGAGCCGCUCAAGCAAACAGGAUCUGGCAGAAUCCACCAAACUGCUGAGCUCAGGAUGUGGUGCUAUGGCCAUAGGCAAGAAGCACCUGGACUUCUAGUGAUUUCUACUUAGCAGUUCACUCAGAUUUAUGUGACACUCUAAUUAUGACUGUUAAUGACUUAUGAAAAUAUUUUUCUUAAUGAUUUGACCCAGCAGUCCUUAAAAAUACACAUUGUAAAAUGGUGUCUCAUUUUCUUAUCCUGAUUUCUUUGAAGACAUUUGUUGUUUGUUUGCUUUUUUACAGAACAUCUGCAACACGGGUUUUGUUACAUUAAAAAAAACGCUGCAUUGCACUGCUAUUCUGGAAAUGUACAAUAUUUUGUUCUCAUAAAAAAUCAAAAUUAUUUUUAUUUUUAAAGUUCAAGAUGCUUUACGAAACAAUACCAAAUGUGUUGUUUUUCGCAAGCUAAAUGUGUCUGUUUAACAUGGUUGUAUUAAACUUUGAUUAUAAAUGUAAAAUAUAAAUUAGACAGUAUUGUGAACAUUAGCAAAUGAGAUUAAGGAACUCAUUAUCACAUUUUAUUUUAAAGCCAAAUUUAACAAUUAUUGUUGUUUGAAAAAAUAAUUUUGUACAUCUGAAAAUAUCAUUAUUGGCAAAAUCAAAAGUAGAUAUGAUGUUAUUUUACAGAGUACAUAAACAAUGCAUUUAAAAAUGUAUUGCAGUAUUUCAUGUGUGUUCUACUGUGUCAAUAAUUAAAAUGAUAAAGAAAGAAUUGUUCCAUAGUAAGAAUAUAUUAUAGAUAAUUAGUUUGCCUUAUGGGUUAAUAAAUGUAUUAAAAUGCACUUGAGUGGAAUUUACUAAACAUUGAAAAAAGAAUUGAUUUCCUUGUGUAGUUCAAAACAGUAAUCCUAAACAAUUGAAGUCAGCACUAUGAAAUUAUGUCAACAGACAUAAUUCAAGAUUGAAAUUCAAACUGACAGCUACAUUAAUGCUAGAAAACCAGAAGAGUGCAUUGGAGCUUGGGGAAGAGUAUCACAGAAUGAUGGUCUAAAACAGAACAGAAAAUAAAACUAAUUCAGGUUUCCAUACCAUCAUGUACACUAUUUGUGAACUUAUGAAUAUUUUGUGUGCAUGUGUGUAUAUAUAUCCAAAUAGAAAACUAUUAAAUAUAUUUUUAAACAUC